CUAUAUUAACGGGUCAUUAGUGCAACCUUAAAGAAAUCAAUGGCGACUGACGUGGAGAACGAAGGAAAUGAAAAAGCAAAAAUUCAACAGGAUGCUUACAUCAAAGAAGAGGAGGAAAAGGAAAAACCGGCUGGUGUCUCUGUUGAGGAAUAUAAACGACUACACAACAUUGGCUCUAGACUGUCAACAGAAAAUAUCAUCACUUACAAGGAAUCAGCUUUUCUCCAAUCCUCCAGUUCAGACACUUUGUAUUAUAGUGUGACUUCCAACAGAUCUUUAGAAAAGAUUAGUGACUCUGCUUUUGCUCUAAAUACAGUUGAUCAUCCACUGGAUUAUUGUAAGACAGGCAUUUCAACAGACAAAUCCAAAACCACAGUGUGUAAAUCACCUAAGAAGACAGAUAAAAAUGUAAAGAUUGAGAAUGAUAGAGAAGAAGUUGUCAAAGAGAAAGUAAGAAAGAAAAGUAGUGAGUACAAGAAUGGUGAAAGGAAGUCUCCAAAUAAAGAAAAAAGUCCAAGUAAAACAAAUAAAUCACUUCCAAGUUCUGAAGGUAAAAAACAACAAAAGAAGUCUGACCCAAUUCUAAUGCCUGGGCGUAGAGUAAGGAGAGAGGCCAGUUUAAACGCGAUGGCCAUGGUGAACAUUUUAUUUGAAAAAGAAACACCAGUUCCAAAGUCUCCAAAGAAACGCAGAUCCUCCUCUGUGGCUGAUUUAUCCCCUGAAGAAAAAGAGGUCUCUAGUUCACCUGUGAAAAAAGCCAAAAAUACAGAAAAGAAAUUGGAAAAGAAAUCUCAGAAGAAAAACCAUUUGACUGUUAUAAAAUCCUUAAACAAUAAAAAAGAGAAGGAAAAGAAAAAGAUUUUGAAAUCAAAUUCUCUAUUCUUAAAUAAGAAAAUGCUCAAAUUGAAAGCCAAAAAGAAACUUGAAAAAGUGAAAAAGAAAGUGAUUAAGACUAAGUGUGAUAGUGAAAAAAGUUCUGAUCCCAGUAAGCCAAAAAAGAAGAGAAGAGACACAAGGAAAGCAGCAAGAACUCAUGAAAUUGUGAUUCCCAAACGAAAAUGGUGUUGCUCAGGAUCUAUGUGCUCUACAUGCUUUCAGCCAUUGACAUGCCAGCACCAAAGUGCCAUGUAUUGGAACACUCAAGAUAUACCCCACAGUGACAAUAUACCCCGAUCAAACAGCAAUACAGACUCUGAUGAUGUUAAAGCAUGCAUCAAUAUGGAUAUGGCUACUUCAGGUUAUUCAUUGUCUCGAUUGCAGCAUAUAGAUAGUGCUUCUUAUGUGAACUCUAUGGUGCAACAUUCUGCCCUAUCUUCACAUCGAUGCCCUCAGUGUGCCCAGGCUGCUGGGAUGAUACCAGGCUGUCAGACUUAUGCCCUUGGUGGAGUAGGAGGGUUGAGUUCUGUAAACCUUUCUGCAGUAAUGCCUUAUCCUCCAGCUUAUGGAGGGUCCUAUACAUUACCAUAUCCUGGGACAUCUACACUGCCACACUGUUCAUGUCCUCAAUGUUUGUAUUACUCUCAGCCCAAUGCAAACAUUUCCCAUCAGCCACUGCCUUCAAGAGAUCCCUGCAUCUUAUCACAUCCGCCAAUAAGUAUUCAGCACAUUGAAGACAAACACCUCGAGGACUCUGACACCAAGGUUGCUGAGGAGAUUAUCGAUGUAGGAAUUGAAGAGUUUCCUGUUGUGCAGCAGAGUGUUUUCACAAAGUCAAACACUGUAGAAAAAGUCAGGACAAAGGGCUCAGAUUCAAAAAUUACCAAAAUCAAAUCAAACUCAUCCAGCAGUGAGAAAGAUUUAACAAAAUCUGAUAAAAAGGACAAGAAAGAAAAAGGGGAGGUGCAAAAGAAAUCUUCAAAAGAACCUAAAGUCAAGUGUCCUAAAGCCCCAAAGGAGAGAAAAAAGAGCACAUCUAAAAAGGAAGCUAAAUUACAAAGAGCAAUUUCCCUCCAUGGUUGGCGACUACAUGGGCCACUGGAGAAGAAAAAAAUAUACAGCUUUUCUAUAGGUAUAUCAUUUGAAGCUCAGUGUUCCCAAGCCAUACGACACUCGGAUGGAGAUAUCAUUCAGGUCAGAGAUUGUGUAAUGCUGAGGUCAGGGCCAAAGACAACCGAUAUACCUUUUGUUGCCAAGGUCACCCAGUUCUGGGAGCAUCCACAAGAGGGAGAUGUUAUGAUGAGUUUACUGUGGUACUAUCACCCAGAACACACAGAGGGAGGCAGAAAGAGCCAGCAUGCUUCAUGUGAGCUGUUUGCCUCCAAACACAGAGAUGAAAACAGCGUAGCUUGUAUUGAUGACAAGGGUUAUGUUCUCACGUACAAUGAAUACUGCAGAUUUCGCGCUGAAAGACUACGCAAAGAAACAGAGCAGCUUCCUCGUUCUAAGGUCGUGCCUUCCAUUGAUUAUCCUCACUCUAGUCGACUCCCUCCUGACAACGCAGACACAAGUGCUGUAUUUCUAUGUCGCCAGGUCUAUGACUUCAAGUUAAAACGCAUUCUGAAAAAUCCAUCCUAGCAUUGGCAAAAUAGAUAUACAUGUAUAAUUUCAUUUUGUUAAAAUGCAGGUUUAUUAUUCAUUUUAGGUGUACUAAAAAUACUGAAAAAUGUACUAAAAAAUGAAACGAAUUAAAUCAAAUAUUUAUUGAAGAAUGAUUGAAC